AUGUCUGAUACUUCUCCCAACGGACCCGGCACCGGCGUCCACCGCCGCAGCUCAAUCACCCAGGCUGCCCUGUCCAACCUGUUCUCUCGAGGCCCUUCGAACGCUCCAGCUGGCCCCCCGUUCCCCAACGGCAACGGCAAUGGCAAUGCCGAUGCGCAGAGACGCCGCUUGUCAAUCACCACCAUUGGACUCUCCGGCACGUCGCCCACGGAUACCUCGUCUUCCUUCAUGCGACGCGGCAGCAUGUCCACCAACUCGAACUCGGACUCCAUCAACGAAAACGCCAUUGAGGAUGAAGAGUUUGGCGGCCCUAGAACGGCCCCGACCACGCCCUUUGCCCGGCACAUGAGCUUUGGAGGCAACGCUGCCAUGCGAAACUUCCGCAACGGAAGCAGCCCCGGAAAUGGUAAAUCUCCAAAGUCCCCUCCCCCGUCAUCUCUCGGACGCAGUUAUGGAGGCGGUCAGGGGGAUCAGUGGAUGCCGCCGCUGUCCCAGUCCCAUCCGCACCAGCGCCAGGUUUCCAUAUCUGCCGCUUGGCCGCCUGUUGGACGCCGAUCCAGCCUUCAUAUGCCGCCGUCCUCUCUCCCACAGGCAAGCAACAUCCAGCAUCCAAGAGUCUCUUCUGACAAUGCCUCUUCUCGAGCAGAUCAGUAUGGCUUCAAUUGGUCCGAACAGCUUAGAUCCCGCGCCGAGAGCUCCGUCACCGGAACCCGCCCGUCCUUUUCUUUCCAAGGCAGCGGCUCCCAUUCUCCUCCGAGAGCCAUGCCCAACCAUGAUCGUUCAAAGUCCAUUUCCGACAUGCCACAGCCUCCCGCACAGGCGUCCGCUGUUAGGCCCAAGCAGCCAGAGCGGCCCAAGCCCGAUGCUUUCCAAGAGAGAAUUCUCAAGGGCGACUUUUACAUGGACUGA